AUGAUCCUACCGAUGAACAAGACAAGACAGCGCGCUUCGAACAAAAUCAGGCCCAGCCGAAGACAUGGCAACAAUAGUCGAAUCCUUAUCCAAGGCCACACCUUUUCUGGGGUGCAGGCGCUGUUGGGGCUCAAGGAAGACGAAAGGCGUUUCCGAAAUAUGAAGGAGAAUAUGCGGAACUUGGUCGCCAGGUUUCUGGUCAUCGAGGAGAUGGCAUCGAAGCAACAGGGGGGUAUCAUCAUGAUAAUCAACGAGCUUCAGAAAAUAUAUCCUGACGUAUUCAAGGCUGACGCGGAUGAGAGGAUCGCUCUCGCCCGCUCAUGGAUCAGCGUGCUGCAUCUGAGGCGACGACAAGCCCAGCAAAGGAGAAGUAACGGAACGUCUAAGAGUCUCGGAGAAGCUAAAGGGCCGGCGAGAAUCAUACUAGAUCUGACCAACUUAAGUGAUAGCGAGCUGUCUGAUUCUGACGAUGACCCCGUGGCCGAUGUGCUAGUCGACCGCGAGCAGCCAUAUGCAUCCGCAAUAAGCGCCCGCCGUUGUGACGGAGCGCCGGCUCUGGUCACAAGCACGGCGGCUGUCCAAAAGAGUGCCGGUCCGGGUCCCCUCUUGAGCCCACAUGCGACAUCCACGGCUCAGCCAUCUCAGGAACAAGAUAACCCCAGAAGGGCGGAGGCAACAUUCAAGACUAGCACAAGCGCAAACUUGGUGAACCGUUCCGUCAUGGCGCAACGUCCUUCGUCCGUUUCCGCGAUGUCGGCCGGAAUGUCUACCACCAGUAUCGGAGCACAAGAAUUAAAGUCUGACGGAUUGUACCAAUUCCUCAGCGGGUGCACCCCCUCUAUGGCACAUUUACACUCCCUUUUUGUGGCAUACGGUUGUGUUGACGAAGAAUAUCUCUAUGCGGCCUCGACUUGGCCCGCGGAUCAGAUCUAUGAUUUCUUGAAGGACAUCGGGAAACAGAGCAAGGAAAACAACAAGGUUACAGAGAUGGAUAUCAGGAUCUUGCGCAGGCGCUUGCAGAGCUAUUUUGCUGAUGUGUGA